AUGAGGCGCUGCAAGAGAGAAUGGCUCUUAUGCAUGUGCCUCAUCUCCAUUCAUCUCAUCGGACCACUUGUAUUUGAGGGAUUACUCGUUGGUGCACAGGGCUCAUCGCCACCGGCCUUGACACCACUCCUUGUCAAACAAGUAGAUGAAAUGGUGGAACAUAUAUGGCUCAAAUGUGGCCUAGACAAGGGAUCUCUCGAAGACGUUAGAAAACAUUUCAAUUACAACCAUGUACUUGACAUUCUCCGUACGGUCUCUGGAAAAGAUACUAAGGACAACUCUCCUGAAACUGAAGACGCUAGCAAAGCAUUGUCUCCAGAAAUUAAGAAAACUUUGCUGAACUGCUUAAGCAAGCAGCCACUUGUCGUUCUGGCACAGGAGAGCGCAAACAAAUUGCCUAUUGAUUUUAUAAAAAUGCUUCUUGCCUUUAUAAGAAGAGAUGUGGCUCAGGGACCUCCAGGUGCAGUGGUAGAUCCAGCGCCACCAGCAGAUGUGAAAUCAACUCCAUCGCCUUCUCUAGCUGAGCUUGCCUCACCAAUACCUGAGGAACAAACAGAUCCUUCACUAGGAGCAUCACCAAAAGAAAAGACAGUGCCCCCAACAAAAGAAUCGGUGGCCAAAACGGAGAACAACCGUGGCAUGCCAACCAUUGCUAUCGUUGGUCUGUGUGUAUCAGCUAUAGCGCUGUUAGCUCUUCUCUGCUUAUGUUGCUGCAUGUGUCGUGCAAACAAGGCCUCUUCAUCCAACGCAAGGGAUGAUAAACCACUUCUGGAUCUGAAACAGAGUGAUUUAUCUGCUGCUUCUUGUAUGCCUUCCGAAGGAAAUCCAAUUGAUGUCAACAAGCUGGGAACACUGCCAGUGAAGUCAGAGACUGUCCAAAAUGGCAAUGUCAAACUAAGCUCAUCUGAAGUCCCAGACACCAAUGUUCACCCAACAGUCUACAAUAGUUGGGUUGAGCCAAUGGCUGCUUCUACUAGUUCUUCUGCCCCUGCAUCGGAGCCAUCGCCUCCACCAGUUGUGCCACCUGCAGCCCCUACAGUUCCACAGGCUCUUUCAUCAACUUCUCAUGGACCCGUGCCACCUUUAAAACCUGCUCAAGUUCUUCAUGCAGAAUCCUCACCACCACCUGCGCCAGUUCUUCAUGCAGAAUCCUCACCAACACCUGCUCCAAACAUUGCACCUCCGCCACCAAAAGCUGCACCUUCGCCAAACGCUGCGCCUCCGCCACCAAGCGCUGCUCCUCCGCCACCAAGCGCUGCACCUCCACCGCCGCCGCCAAAAUCUUCUGGCCCACCUGGCGCACCUGGCCCACCACCUCCAGCGCUGCCUGGUUCAAAAACGCGUCCACCACCACCCAUGAAGAAGUUAGGCAAUAAGGCAGAUGAUGGCGCAGGUUCUCAAGAAGCUAAAACAAAACUAAAGCCCUUCUUUUGGGAUAAAGUAACAGCAAAUGCUAAUCAAUCUAUGGUGUGGGAUCACCUUAAGUCUGGAUCAUUCCAGUUCAACGAGGAGAUGAUUGAAACCCUUUUCGGUUAUAACUCUACGGACAAAACAGGCAGUGAUGGCAAAAAAGAUUUAUCAUCAAAGGAUGUUCCUCAAUUCGUGAGGAUACUUGACCCUAAAAAGGGACAGAACCUGGCGAUAUCCUUGAGAGCUCUGAGUGUUUCACCAGUGGAAGUAUGUACUGCAGUUAAGGAAGGAAAUGAACUUCCAACAGACUUGAUAGACACCAUACUGAAGUGGAUACCAAGUAGCGAUGAGGAGCUUAGGCUUCGACUGUACACUGGGGAACUCACUCAACUUGGUCCUGCGGAGCAAUUCCUGAAAGCAAUUAUUGACAUUCCAUAUGUUUUUCAACGCCUGGAUGCGUUACUUUUCAUAUCCAAUCUUCCAGAGGAAGCUUCAAACGUGAAGCAAUCUUUUGCUACUUUAGAGGUGGCAUGCCAAGAGCUUACAAAGAGCCGCCUUUUCUUGAAGCUACUAGAGGCGGUACUUAAAACAGGAAAUCGGAUGAAUGUUGGCACGUUCCGUGGAGGAGCUCAGGCUUUUAAACUUGACACGCUCCUUAAGCUUUCUGAUGUCAAAGGAACUGAUGGGAAGACAACACUGUUGCAUUUUGUUGUUCUAGAAAUCAUUCGCUCUGAAGGGAUUCGCGCUACACGGACUGCAAAAGAGCAGAGUGCCAGUGUAUCAAGUAUGGACACCAAUAAUGUUACUGAUGACAAUAAGGAACAAACUGAAGAUGAUUAUAAACAACUUGGACUGAAAGUGGUGUCGAAUUUAGGUGAUGAACUCCAAAAUGUCAGGAAGGCAGCAAUCCUGGAUGCAGAUCAGUUGGCUAUGUCGGUAGCAAGCCUUGGCCACAAGCUUGUAAGAACCAAAGAAUUCCUGAACACGAGCAUGAAAAGUUUGGAUGAAGACAGCGGGUUUCAUCACAAACUUAAGCAUUUCACUGAGCAGACUCAGACUGAUGUUACUUUCUUGCUAGAGGAAGAGAAGAAAAUACGGUCGAUGGUCCGAAGCACCGUUGAUUAUUUUCACGGGAGUACAGGGAAGGAUGAAGGCCUACGGUUAUUUGUGGUAGUGCGAGAUUUCCUCACAAUGCUGGAAAAGGUAUGCAAAGAGUUGAAAGAAGAAUCAAAAGUAGCUCCAAAGAAAACAAAGACCCAUCAGCCACCCCAAACAUCCCACCCGUCUUUCAAUGAUCCAAGGCGCAACCUAUUCCCUGCAAUUCAAGACCGGAGGGCAGAUAGCUCAAGCUCAAGUUCUGAUGAGGACGACUAG